ACAUGGCUCCUCUCCUGGUCCACCAGCUGUACUUCCUGCUGACGGGCCUGCUGGCCUGUCAGUGUCCUGCAGUCAGUGGGCUGUUUGAGUGGCUGAAGGCGCCAUCAGAAGCUCCAGCAGCAGCAGCAGCAACACCUCGUCCACCUGCAGCGGAGGACCCGGCACUUCUCGCCAAAGACGCUCAGUUUGAGAUGACUACUGUAGAUGAGAAAUUUUUGGCCGAGGCGAAACAUCUGGAGCUCAGCCCGUUAGACAGCUGUCACUACAAGGUGGUCGCCCGGUUGAGGGCGAGCUGUGAAAAACUCCCAGAGGAGCAGCUUGCGAAGCUCGGAGUCUUACUGUUUAACUGCCAGGCAGAGACGGAGGGACGCCGGACCUACCCAUGUACAGAGGAAAUGACUAUUAAAGAGUGUACAGCUGACAUGGAUUCAGACACGUGGAAUGCUUACCACAUAGUGAGCAACAGAGCACGCUCCGUUUGCUACUCGACUCGCCAGCUGCUGUUCAGACGCAGAGCAGAGCACACUGUCAACGCACUCAUCUCCACAGCAACAAGCCAGCUAGAUGCAAUGAAGGACCUUAAGGAGGGCCAGCUGGAGCUGAAGGAGCUGACUACAGCCUCUCUUAAUAAGGUGCUGGACGGUCACAGUGCUCUACAGUCCCAACAGGAGAAACUGUAUGAGGGCCAGGGACACAUGGAGACCUCACUGAGGGACAACCUGGAGCGUCUGGGCCAGGAAAAAGCCCUCAUCGCUUCCGGACAGGAGCUGGUAGCUCAGCUCAUUCAGGGCAUCACAAAGAGAAUGGAGAAUGUGAGUGAGCGUCUGCAGAUCCAGGGCUCGGAGGUUCAGGACAGCCACAAGGCCAUUGUUAAAGACCUGGCAGAUGUCAGACACCAAGCUCAGGACAUCCACCAUAAGAUUGACCACAGUAUGUGGGAAUUCCUGCAGUACCAGGACCAGACCUCUCAGUAUUACACCGACCUGAUGAACAAGCUGGAGCGCAUGAACAGCACGCUGGGAGCCACGCUGCACUACCUGGACAACAUGCAGAGCCGCAUCGAGGACCGGCUGCACAUGAUCCAGGGAUACCUGGGCUGGGCAGGUCUGAGCCUGACAGCCAUGUGGACAUGCAUUGCACACACAGGCUACUUCGUCCUGUGUGCGGUUCUGCUGACGUUCCUGCGUUGUCCUGGCUUCAGUCGAGCCGUGCUGCUGCUUGCUGUGCCCCUGAAUGCAGUGGCAGAAGUCAACCAGCAGCCGGCGCUGGACCUCCCCGGCCUCAGCCUGCUGCUCCUCCUUCUCUCUCUGGGUCACUGGUUUGUGAGUAAGUUGUGGGCGUGUUUCCACAUGACAGGAAAGCCAGCGGCCCCCCUGCCACUGGCCCCAUGUGACAUUGUGGAGCCGCUGAAGCAGCCAGUUUCAUCCUGUCACUCAUAUCCAUCGUCCUCUACACCAGAGAAAGAUGAAACUGACGCCUUCAUGGAGCGAGACGACCUGCUGAAUCAGGACAGCUUCUUAUCAGGUAACUUGGGCAUAUCAUUAGUGUCUCCUGCUCACAGGAAGCCACCGCCAGAGUCCAGGUUUGUGCCGAUUAUCGGCACACCGAGUCACUCCACGCCCAGGCUUCUACCACGGCCGGUUCUUUCUGCGGCUCUGAUUGAUGACAUCCCCCCAAGGAACCUGGGAGGUGUUUUUGAUGCAGUGAACGACUCGCGCGAUUUUGCAAACGACUCACGGAGUGCGAGCCCCACCCCGUCAGUUUACAGCAACAGCUCUCUGUCUGGCCGCCUGCUGUGCAACGGUAUCACAAAAACAGGGAAGGCCUGUAAGAAGAGAGCCGUGCUGGGCCAGGAGUUCUGCAGAGUCCACGAAGGAGGACAAACCUCCUAUGUUACUAAAUGAGCUCUACACUUUUUAAAACUACAGAUGUUUUAACUAUAUUUUUAUCGUCAUGUUUUAACUGUUUAUAUUCAUGUUGAUGCAUUAUCUCUUUACCUAUGAAUUUGUCUGUAUGUGAAUUCUUACACAGCCUUUUUUCGUUGCUAGAGGGCCUUCUCUUCAAAAAAACUGUUACCAACUGUUACUUUGUCUUUCUGCUGUUUUUUUUAAGUUAAUAAAUUAUUUCUUUACCUAUGA